GUGUAUAAAAGAAACCAAGUACUUGUAAAAUAUGUUUGUGGUUUACUGAUGCCGGAUGAAGCGGUCGAAACACUGAUUGGUGAUAAGUUGUCGAUCUACAUCUUUCCAGCAUUGGUGUAUCGUGGCUUUACAAUCUAGAGAAAAUGGCAGAGAACAUCCGAAACUCACUGAAUGACAUGAACGAAAGUCAUCGACCUGUCUCUAACAAAAUAUCUUCCAGCAGUGUAAACAUAGUCAACGAAUUAUGCCCAAAUAAAAAACUCGAAAACAAAAACUUAAGUAAAAUCAGUUUAAAUUCGUCGCAAGAACUUAAACAGAUAAACAAUGUGCUUUCUUCCUCUCAGAACUGUGUAUCUAGCGAUAACAUUCAGCUGUCAGAUCCUAUUGUAACGGCACAUCAGAAAACUCUGGAUUUAAUGAAGAAUGUAGGAUUUUAUAUGUUUAUUGUGAUUCUUUGUGUCUGCAUUUCAUUCACUAUAUGUUAUGUCAUGAGCAGGCCAAGAAAUGCAACAUCCGAAACUCAUUCCGAACUUUGCGUUUUCAAGUUGGAUCAAACAAAACUAAACUCAUUGGUUAAUUCUUCAUAUAUUCCAUUUGUGGAUGCGAAAUGUGAUAGUUUAUCUUACAAUACACGAGGACAGAAGUUCGAUGUUCAAAUGUCCGGUAGCUUUGAACUCUCAUUGUCAGUUGCUUUACAAUUAAACAAUUCUAUUGGACGGAGUACUCUGAUGUGUAUAAACUACAAUCUAAGCAACAAUAAGAAAAGAAAUGUGUGUAGCAGGGCUCAAUUUCCUUCCAAUGAUUCUAAUUCUGCAUUUAUUAAUUUGGGUUUACCUGACGGAGCAAAAUUGAAUGCAGUUGAUGAAUUUCGUGUGAAAAUAAGGAGCAUACGUAAUGUUUAUAUUCAGGAUUCCUUGACCAGACUGGUCGUCAGAUAUUACAAGCCAUAAAUUACUGCUCGACAUGAUUGUCUAUGCGAUGCAAAGAGUAUUUAUUAAUAUUUGUAAACAGAAAUAUUGAAGAGAAAUGUUGAUAUUGAUUCGUAUUUACAUAUAUCUUAUGUUGUGUGUGUGUGUGUGGCUGUGAGAGAGAGAGUUAUUUUUUGUAACAAAACCGGAAUAGAUGUAAAAUACAUUUAAAAUUAAACAGGUAUACGUACUUUCGAUUAUAA